AUGGGUGCAAUGGUCAACUUACGAGUGAUCCGCCUCGACUACUUACGGUGGGAUGUUCCAUUGCAUAGAAAACAACCAAAUCUCUAUGCCGAAAUAUCUCUCGGCGGUACCCUUCAGAAGACGCGUACGAUCAAGGAUAAAUUGCCCACUUGGAACGAGAUCCUGUCAUUGAACUUACCUCAACAACGCAGUCCACUAAUUGAUGAAUCUGUGAUCGUUUCGAUAAGGGUCCUGCAUAAAUCAGCAAUCCCGAUUCGAGAUGAUGUCUGCAUCGGUUCAGUCAACACUGAACUCCACGAGCUAUCUGGAAGAUGUAUCAAUGGGCCGAGUGUAACGAUUGCACUCUUGUGCUGA